AUGGCCUACCCCUCCACCGAGGGGCCCAUCACUCCCCGUCCUCACUCCCCCUCACCGUCCUUUGCAAUACGGCCACUGGCCUUCGGCACCGGCCCGCAGCACCAUCAUGCCACUGCAUCCUACACUGGGCUCCAUGCCUGGACUUGCCAAGACCAUCUUCCCCGGUCAUUCUUUUACAUCCUUUCCUGGCUCACCCGGCGGCCAGACCAAAGCAACUGCGCCAGAACCUCUCUCUCCUGUCCCUGCCUUAGGAUAUCCUUCAACCCCACGAGCACCUGUCGCCUCAGGAGGACACGGCACUGCUACGCCACAUCCUCCCAUGACUCUGCCUGUGCCCGAGGACUGGUUGCAGGACAACGACUACCUGGAUACCCGUCGCAGCAUUGGCAACCUCAGUUGUCCUCGACAUGUUGUGUCAUCCUCCUGAAAAAGGAAUUGCCGGCAUUUCCUGUCACCAACCUACAUCCCGCCCACUUCCUGUACCAGGGAUGGAACAGCUAUUGGCUCCGGUGGAUCGCAGCCGGCAAAGAAGCUUACUUCAUUGUUGCUCGCACCAAAGCCGAAAUGGUACUGGCCGGUGAGGCCUGGAUCAAUUCCUUGACCUUGAACGACCGCAAACAAUCCGAGUUGCAGGACUGGCUGAAGCAAGUCGAAGAUUGGGUUGAAGCCCAAGACACCGACGACUUCUUGACAAAAAUCCGCAGAACGGCAGUCAUUUGGGGAGUUCCUCCCGCUACUGUCACCAAGCUGCAGAAGCAACCUUUGGCAAAGCUCAUUGCAGUUGGCUCCUACAUGGAGCGGUGCGUGUUCCGUGUCCUUGGCAUCGUACCAGGCUACCCCAGCUUUCAGCAAUUCAGUGCCGAGUCGGUGUUGUAUUUGCGCUUCUCUCCCAUUAAGAAGCAUGCCAAGCUCUUUUACGUGGGAAGCACGGAAAAAUCCGUGAUGAUCCGGGAGCACAGCCGCUUUCGCAAAUACAAACAGGUGCUCGAGGAGAAGCUCGUAUCGGCUGAACUCUCCAUCCGAUUCUGGGCACAUCACCGGACUUUCUGGAACUGGUGCAUCAUUCCGGUGACCGAUGUUGUCCCCCAUGAUCUUCUCCGGGGGCGCGAACAAGCUCUCAUCCAGACACUGCAGCCUCCACUCAAUUUUCCCUUCAUUGCACGGUGGUUUUGCCCAUGCCGAGGCAUCAUUAAGCCACCUGACGCCACACAUGCACAGAAGAUCGGCCUGUCACGCCUGUGGCGAAAACGCCGCAAAAAGCAGCACUCCGGUGCAGGCCCACCGCGAGGCCUUACUGAGGUCUUCGAGCAGAUUUGGGAAAAACACCUCACCCAGGCCUUCUCCAAGGGAGAUGUGUACGAACUUUUACGUCAGGACCUUGCCGGAUUCUUUAACUCCAUUUCUCAGUCUCAGUUCUUGCACGCCUGGCGAAUCAAUUUGGAGUUUUACAGGCAGAGACAUGGUGCCCAAGCGGACACUACUUUUUCAGUCAACCUUAAAGAGCAGGCGCAACAGCUGCGAGUCUUUCGGGGCCGACGUCGCACCCGGGCCUCUCGGGAAGUCACCAUCUGGUGCGAAGACCUACCAACCAUCAUACGACAUGCCCUUGCAUUGCAGCAUUUCCGAGUUUCAACUCGAAACUUCCGCCAAUGCUUUGGCUCACCUAUGGGCUCCCCCCUCUCACCCGCCUUAUGCGGGAUGGUCAUUGCUGCGCAAGAGGAAAUCUGGCGGCGCACAUUCAACAUCAGCUGCUCCAACAUGAGUCGGUCUCUUCUCGGCCUACGUUACGUUGAUAAUAGACUCUGGCUUUCCGAAAGCCGAUUCGAGCAGCUUCCGGGCAUACGCUUACUGUUGAAUAACCAUUUUUAUGGUGGCUCCAUCAUCCUCGAGGAGGAACCAGCAUUUGAGUUUGUGGGGUUCACUCUCGACUUUGAGGAACGCCGAAUACUUUACAGCAGGGCAUGCACAACACAUGACAUUCCCAGCACAUAUUCCGCCGCCCCUCAACCUGUUCUUUUGAGCGGAGUGUUGGCACGAGCUCGCACUAUCAAAAAGUGCUCCUACCCUCGAACACAAGCUCUCAUGGAUCUCCGCUAUUUGUGGGACCUCGCGGAGCAACGAGGCCUACCCAUUCAUUCAUUUGACUUCAAAGCGAAGUUUUGGAAGUUCACCUGA